AUGUCGAAGCCGACGCUCACUUUUGUUACCGGCAACGCAAACAAGCUGCGGGAAGUGCAGCAGAUCUUUGCGCUCUCGCCCAACUUCCCCUACGAACUCACAAAUCGCGACCUCGACCUGCCCGAGAUCCAAGGCACCACACGCGAUGUCGCCCAGGCCAAGUGUUCGGCCGCUGCCAAAGCGCUUGGUGGACCAUGCGUUACUGAAGACACUGCGCUGGGCUUUCGCGCCUUGGGUGGAUUGCCCGGACCGUAUAUCAAGGACUUUAUGAAGACCAUCGGCCACGACGGGCUCAACAAGAUGCUCGACGGAUUCGAGGACCGCACCGCCGAUGCCAUCUGCACCUUCGCUUACUGCCCGGGGCCUGAUCAGCCAGUCCAGCUGUUCGAGGGCAAGACCGAGGGCGUCAUCGUAUCCCCACGUGGUCCGACGUUCUUUGGCUGGGACCCCAUCCUCGAGAUCAAGGGCACCGGCUUGACGUACGCCGAGAUGGAUCCCAAGCAGAAGAACACGCUCUCGCACCGAUACAAGGCACUCGCGCUGCUGCAAGAGUACCUCGUCCAGCUCAGCGACGCUCCCAAGCAAGCUUGA